AUGUUGUAACAAAAAUUAAGUGUAUGGGAAUUUAAUGAAAAUGAAAUAUUUUUUUUUUGCAAAAUAAAGCUGAUGAAGAUGUUUUACACCAGUAUCAUUAAUGUAAUGGAUGUGAAUAGGAUCAUAUUCUGGGUCUAAAAUUUGAAUGUACAACAUCUGAUGAUAACUAUGAUUAUUGUUAAUUUUGCUUUGAUAAACUUUUUUAAUAGAGUGAAGAAACUAGUAAGGAUCAUUAUUUAAAUUGUUUUUUGA